CCGGAAGUGACGCGCAUUCAGCGCGCCGCGCCGUCCGGGGAGCGCCAGCUUCGGGCGGCCGCGCUUUUGCUAGUUUCUUGGUGGCUGGAGCCGCCUCGGACCCGGCGCGAUGGGCAAGAAGGGCAAGAAGGAGAAGAAGGGCCGCGGUGCGGAGAAGACGGCCGCCAAGAUGGAGAAGAAAGUGUCCAAGCGCUCGCGGAAGGAGGAGGAAGACCUGGAGGCCCUCAUCGCCCACUUCCAGACUCUGGACGCCAGGAAGACCCAGGUCGUGGAGACGCCGUGCCCCCCGCCCUCACCACGGUUGAAUGCCUCUCUGUCUGCUCAUCCUGAGAAAGAUGAAUUGAUCCUGUUCGGAGGUGAAUAUUUCAAUGGCCAAAAAACGUUGCUGUACAACGAGCUCUAUGUCUACAAUACCAGGAAGGACACCUGGACCAAAGUGGACAUCCCCAGCCCGCCGCCGCGGCGCUGUGCGCACCAG